GUUCACGUUGCGUAUAGUCGUAUAGUUUAUUGCAACGAAACGAACAAUAAAUAGUCAAUCUUCGUUGCUUAUUGUUAUUAAAUAUUGUAGAUACAUUAGUUUGUUUUUUUGAUAAACAGUUGUAAAACUUAAUGAACACAUAUUACAUAUUACAGUAUGCUGACAUACAAUUAGUGAAAUAUUAAUAAAGUGAUUAAAAAAGAAUUAUAAUGUUGGCAAAUUUGGCGAAAUUUUGUUUACAAACUAGUGAACAAUCAAUCUUACAGUUGAGAGUUAAUAGAUUUGCUACAAAGCUUUCAAAAGUAUCUGUAGAAGAUUAUACUGAUGAUGAUGAUGACUAUGAUUUUGAACCAAAACAUGAAAAAGAAUCUGAAGAGCCUCCAGAGGUCGUAAAAAAAUCCAAAAGGCCAAUUAUAAUACAGUGUAAAAGAUCAAUGUUCAACUUUCAUGAAGGUGAUACUUAUCCUAAAUUUCAACCAAUACCUUUGGCAUCAAGAGCAUGGCAACAUAGAAAAUCAAAUGGCGAUUAUUUUACUAUAUACCCAUUAAAAGAGGGACAGGAAGAACAUGAAUUGAAUCAGUCUUACAGUUUUCAAGAUCUCAAUAUAAAUGAAAAAUUGUUAAAAAGUCUUGAAGAGAAUAAUUUAAUACACCCAACAUCAAUACAAAAACUAGGCAUUCCAAAAAUAUUGGAUAAUCACAAUGUAAUUCUUACAGCUGAAACAGGAAGUGGAAAAACUUAUGCCUUUUUAAUUCCAAUUUUACAACAAGUCUUGAAAUGGAAGCCCAUGAAAGAUAGAAGUUGUAACAGACCACUAGGACUUAUUCUUACACCAAGUCAUGAGUUAACAAAACAAAUUGCAAAGGUAGCCAAAAAGUUAGCCAAAAAUUUGGAAAUAAACAUUGUCACUCUCACUGGAGGAAAAACCAAGAGAAUAAUAUCUAAUCCACCAAUCACAGAAGUUGAUAUUGUGGUAGCAACUAUAGGUGUCAUGAAAAAAUUAGUAAGAAUGGGUAUUUACAAAUUAGAUGAAGUGAAACAUGUUGUUCUUGAUGAAGCUGACACUUUAUUUGAUGAAACUUUCACUGAUUAUACUUGUAAUUUAUUACGCAAAGUACAGAUAAGUGCGGAGAGAGAUCCAAACAUUACAUAUCCCAAAACAGCACAGAUAACUUUGAAUUCUGCAACAAUUCCUCAAAGUUUAUCUGAAUCUUUAUAUCAAGUUGCAGAUAGGGAAUCAUUUUUGAUGAUAACAACAGGUAAUGAACAUCUAGUUCGAGUUCCACAAAAGUUUUUUAGACUUACUGGCCCAGAGAAACCAAUGAGCUUAUUAAAAAUUGUAAAGCCAAAAGUCAAAAGUAAAACUCCAAUUAUCAUAUUUUGUAAUACGACAGCAUCAUGUGAUUUUAUUAGUUUAUUUUUAAACCAAUUCAAUAUCAAAUGUAUAACUUUACAUGGAAAACAGCGUCUAGAACAUAGAAAAGGGAAAUUUAUGGAAUUUCAACAGGGUGUUUGUAAUAUCUUAACAACAACAGAUGCUGGAGCUCGAGGGCUCGAUACAUGUAAAGUUAAAAGUGUCAUCAAUUUUGAUUUUCCAUUAGUAACAGCAGAGUAUAUCCAUAGAUGUGGAAGAGUUGGCAGAAUUGGCAGUCCAAGAGAUUGCAGAGUGAUUAACUUUAUCAGUAGACCUUUGGAAAUUAUAUUAGCUAAAAAAAUAGAGUUUGCAAUACGAAAAGGGAAGUCAAUUCCUAUGGUUGAUAUGGUUCAUAAAGAUAAAGAUUACGAAGAUGAAUUUGUUGGUGCAAAUAAUACAAAAGAAGAUUUCGAUCCUGACAAAAAUGAAAGCGAUAUUGAAAAAAUGUCAUUAGAUACUAGCAAUUAAAAAUCUUAUUGUACACCAUAAUGAGUACAUGUUA